CUGAUAUGCUUGAGCAUCCUGUUGAAGAGAGCGCGACGCGACACACCGACCGGCCUUGGCAACAGUGGGGGACGAAGGUUCCUUGAUUUUAUGAAAGAGCAGCAGCGUAUGUACAUAUUCAGUGCAAGUCACAGUAUUGAUAUAUAGAUAUAUAUAUCAUCUUUGACUAGUCGGCGUAUCGGUUAUUUGGCCGACUGAUCAGUUGCUUGUGUGUGAGCGGGGGAGACACGCGCACACACACACACACACACACAGAGAGAGAGAGAGAGAGAGAGAGAGAGAGAGAGAGAGAGAGAGAGAGAGAGAGAGAGAGAGAGAGAGAGAGAGAGGGAGGGAGGGAGAGGAUGGGAGACGCGAAGGAGGAGAAGAACAUGGAGGGGGCAGCGGAAGGCGACGUUCCCUCUAACGCCAAUGAGAACUGCCCAGGGACGGGAUCUGAAGCGGCGGGGAAAGCCUCCGCUUGCCAGGGUUGUCCCAACCAGCAGAUCUGUGCCACGGCGCCCAAGGGUCCCGAUCCCGACCUUGCGCCGAUCGGCGAUCGGAUGGCAUCUGUCAAGCACAAGAUCUUGGUGUUGUCGGGAAAAGGCGGUGUGGGAAAGAGUACGUUCUCUGCGCAGCUGUCCUUCGCGCUGGCUGCUAUGGACAAACAAGUGGGUCUGUUGGAUAUAGAUAUAUGUGGGCCCAGUAUUCCCAAGAUGCUGGGUCUAGAGGGCGAAGAGAUCCAUCAGAGCAAUCUGGGAUGGUCUCCAGUUUACGUUGACGACAACCUAGGAGUGAUGUCGAUCGGCUUUAUGUUGCCUGAUCCUAACGAAGCGGUAGUUUGGAGGGGUCCACGUAAGAAUGGACUAAUUAAGCAGUUCCUCCGGGAUGUUAAUUGGGGAGAUCUUGAUUAUUUGGUCGUCGACGCGCCUCCUGGGACGUCCGAUGAGCACAUCUCCAUCGUGCAGUAUCUGAAAGCGACCCACGUGGAUGGUGCAAUCAUCGUCACGACCCCUCAGGAGGUGUCUCUGAUUGACGUCAGGAAAGAGAUCAACUUCUGUAAAAAGGUCGGGAUCCCGGUCAUCGGCGUUGUGGAGAACAUGAGUGGGCUGCAGCAACGCUUGUCCGACCUAACCUUCAGGAGGCCGGCGAACGCGAUGGUGGGGACCACAUCAUCUUCUUCUUCUGGUGCUUCUCCUCCAUCUACUGCUGCUGCUGAUGCUGAUGCUGCUGUUUCUUCGGGCGAUCAGCAAAUGAAUGACGGGGGGCCGGCAAGACAACGGGAUCCCGAUGCUGACGUGGACGAUGAUGUGGACGAUGGGGAUGUCACCGAGAAAGUUCUGGGAGAGAUCAGAAGGGUCGCGCCGCAUCUGCUAGACUACGUGGCGUGCGCGGAAGUGUUCCAUGUGACUGGAGGUGGCGCGCAGGCGAUGGCCAAACAGAUGCAGGUUUCCUUUUUAGGAAAGGUGCCGAUGGAUCCUAGCCUCAGCCGUGCCGCCGAAGAGGGUAAAUCCUGCUUUUCCAACGGCCAGAGAUGGCCUGCCGCUGUCGCUCUCCAACGAAUCAUCAAGAAGAUUCUCCUGAAGACCGAAGGUUCCAGAUGACCAAUCAAUCAGAAUGGGCGGA